AUGAAAAAAUGGAAAAAUGAAUGGUAUUGGUCAUUUUAUAUGGAAAUUAAAUAAAGAGGAAUAUAUAGGGGAAUAUAAAAGAAACAAAAAUAAUGGGUUUGGAAUUCAUAAGUUUUUUUAUGGAAAGAGAUAUAUAGGUUAUUUUCAAAAUGGCACUUUCAAGGCUCAAGCAAUAUUGUAAAAAAAGAAUCAUGUAGUCAAAAUUUCACUUUGGUAAGGUGGAAAUUAAAUAUUUAAAUAAAUUUAAUACACUAAUGA